CAACUAUUGAGUACAGCACACUCCAGCCGCCAUUGCCGACUCGCCAGCGGCUGUCGCAUCACAAUGUCUCUCAGACGGCAGAGUCUGUCGCCAACGGCGAACUUGCUCCGCAAUUCCCGCCUCUUCGCCCUCCCGAACCCUCUCCCUCGACCCAGCGUUGCCGAAAGUUUUGGCUCAGGAAGCACCAAGGAAUCCGACAGUGCUACUAUACCCUACCCGACACAUCAGGCCAUUGCAACAACUCCCAGCUCUGCUGCCCGUGGUGAUUGGGGUCUGAAGCGGCCACUACCGAAACGAUCGCGCAUUUUGCAGACCAGCAACCCUGUAGUACGAAUCAAGCAAUGGGAUUCUAUCGAGCACAUCACCGAUUUCGACUCCGCAACCGACCAUGUACGAACAAGACAAAAGUUUGAGGAGCUCAAUAUCCCGUUACUCAAAGGACUGAGUCACUUCCGUGACACAGAUCUGACAUAUACGCCCCCAAAGAGUGCCUUCGAGAAACGUGCAGACAUCACCUCAUAUGACGUUGAGGAUGGACUUGAUGGAGCGGCGAUUUUCCUUCGCGCUCUUAAGGAGAGCAGAGUCAAAAGGGAACAGGAGAACAGGAGUACCAAAAAGGCCAUGCGAAAGGCUAAGGAAUCUGGCGAAAAGGUCGACGAAAGCUUCGAGGCUGCCAGGUUCACUCCGUUCACGCCACCGUCCCAGGAAGUAUUCAAAUUAUCCAACCCCCGUUGGAAGAAUGAUGGUCCAUGGCUACCGGGAAUGAGUGCGACAGAAUUCACCAGCUAUCUCAGUAAAGAGAUUUCAAAACGCAAGAACGAGUUCUCGAGGUAUCUCGUUGAAUUCGUCAAGGGACAAAUUUACACAACACGACGACAUGCAUCAUCUCAAGCGGAGACCAUCCCAAUUGAUGCAGCAGAAGCAGAAGCUUUCCGUCAAAAGAAAGAGAAGGAAUGGUCGAACAUCACUGCUGCAGAUGUAUCAUCGGGCAUUACUGCCCUCCGCGCGCAAUGCGCCAAGGAUCCACUCACAUCUGAUCUGGUCAACAAAUUGAUAAUACCAUUCCUUCGUCUGCCUCCCAUGAAACUCAAGAGCACCGAGUUCGGCGCGAAUCCCAACUCAAAGCGCGCCAUUGAUAGCUACCGCUUCUCUGACGACACCACGCCAGCAUCAACACACCCCUCCGCUGGACUUUCCUACCUCCGCACCAAGGCAUUCCUCUCCAACCACCCUAUCCUCGGACCUCAAGCCCUGCCGACUCCUAUCACCUCACGUGUUGUACAGCCGCGACAGACAUCUAAUACCACAGAAACCACUGCACGUCUCGGCGUUGCAGGUUUCGUCACCGAGGACGAGCACAGCAAGAUGACGUCGAUGGCUACUCGCGGAUCCGCCAGAUUCGAAUCGGGCAUCCAGACCCUCGACGUCGAUACGCACGGAGGCAAGAAGGUUCCCGUGCAGCCUCAAUUCGCCUCCGUAAGCCCCGAUGGCAAGGUGUUCAUCAAGGUCAAGCGAAGUAACGGUCCGGAACUAGCCGUCUCCCGAGGCCAACUGGAGGACAAGCCACCGGAGAGAGAAGGUAACCAAACCACCUCUCUGAACGAUCUCAGAAGCGGACGCAGCGGUAUUCCAGAGCUGGACGCACAGGUCGGUCUCAGUGAAGAGACUGCCAGCCAGGGCGCGGACCAGUUCUUCAACAUGUUGAAGGAUGCCGGUGUCAAGGAGCAAAUCCAAACACCACCGGGCAAGCAAUGAUACUCUGGAACAACAUCAAAAAGAAUAGAAACGCCGAAAAUGUCUGUAGGAUAGCAUGGUAGAAUUGAAAGUGUUUAUGCAUGUAUUGGUACAUUUGAUGAGCACUGGUUAGAUCACGCUUCGAUUCUGUAUAGUACAUAUCAAAACACCAUGAUCAUCUCGAAUUUUAUCGAACCAAUUCUUCCAA